AUGAAUUUUGCUGCGAUAUUCAUUGUACUUCUUUCAACAGGUAUCCAUGGUAAUAUUGAUAAAGUUCAAUUUGAAACAUCCCCUGUCGGCUUCCAAUUUAUAGCUUCUGAUCCGAGUGACCUUCUGACUACAGAAAACGAUGCCAACACUAUUAUGCGUUGUGUCGCACAAUGUGUGAAAAAUAUUGCAUGUCGAACAGUCAACUUCGAUCUUUCGAUCAACCAAUGUUCUCUCUUUACUUCAUGGAGUUUCGAAGGUACCUUUUAUUCAUCAUCAAGAUCUCAGGUUGGUUAUAUCAUCCAACAGUCAGUUUUCUACACGUCAUAUCUUCAACCAUGUAUUCUAUCUUUCAACAGUAUCAAUCGAUAUUUACAGUGUGUCAAUAGUACAUGGAUAUGUCCAAAUCAAUACUUCUUCGAUGGAAAUGUAUGUGAAUAUUGGCGAUCAUUCAAUCAAUUAUGUCAAACUGAUGAAUGGUGUGAUUCAUCAAAAUAUCUCACAUGUUCGACUUUUUCUAAUACGUGUCAAUGCAAUUCUUCCAUGUUAUGGAAUGGAUCUCAAUGUAUUUCUGCUUGUCCACCUGGUCAGAUUGGUGUUACAUUCAAUGAUAUUCCCACAUCGAUUAUCAUUCCUAGUGGUUAUGGAGGAUUCCAAUGGUCUAAUAUGGAAGCUUGCAGUUUUUAUUCUGAUCAACAUGCCUACUGGAAUAUGACAAAUGUUCUUGCUGGAUCUCUUAUCGAUGGUUUACGGCGGGUUGCUCGCUGGAAACUUGCUCGUUGGACAUUUGCUCGCCAAGCAUUAGCUCGUCAUGGACGUUUGCUCGCAUAG